GGCCAAGACACACUCGUCUCCGAAUAUUUUCUGGAAACAGUUCCAUCAGUAAAGAAAAUUAUAAAAUCAGUCCUUAAUAUUUGGAUAAUAUCUCGAGUGAUUAUUUUCAAAGAAAAAAAAUAAAUCUCCAUAAACAUGAAGACAUUUAUUAUUUUUGGACUUUUUGUUGCUGUUGCAAUGGCUGUGCCAAUGCCAGAAGCAGAUAAUGAGAAAUUAAACUGUUUUGAUCACGAGGAUUCAUUGUUACCUUGCCUAGCUGUCAAGGCUAACAGUAUGAUCGCAAGAGCUGCACGAUCAAGCAAUAUUAACAUUAUCCCAGGAGUCCACCUUGUCGCAGACAAACCAUUGGAACGUUCAGCUAAAUCUUUAGAAACUGAAACUGAAAAAGAGGUAAUGGGCAAACUUUCGGAUGAUCCAGUCAACCAAACUGUCCAACUUGCUUCAAAACUUUAUGAAUCUGCAUCAUCAUUAUUGAACAGUCACAGUCUGAAAGUUGAUUUAUCUGAAAGUUCCAUCUCCCGUUCAUUCGAAGAAGAACUUUUGAAUUUUCUUCCAGCACGCACUAAGCUCAAGAAGACUCAACUCUUCCCAAUAAUCGGUGCACUUGGAGCAAAAUUCUUCUUCCUCAUUCUGCCAGUUGUCUUCGGUGGACUCAGUCUUCUUGUAUUGAAAUCUCUUUUCUUCAGUAAAUUGGCUCUUAUUCUCGCUGGAGUACUUGGCUUCCAAAAAUUCUUUGGAUCAGGCAGUAAUGUGGGAUCUUAUGCAUCAAACCUUUUGAACAAAGUACAGCCAGCUAGCACAUACUACGAUAAUGCUAAUCAAGCAUGGCAAAACCAAGCACCAGCUGCUCAACCAACUCAAGGAGGAUACUACAAACGUAGCAUUGACGAUCAAAAAAUAGCCCAAAAUCUUGCUUAUUCUGCUCAUGUUUCUGCUGAUAAUAAUCCAAGUUCUUAGAAUGUGAAAUUUAAUAAAGAUUCAGUGGAGAUCAACACGACUGCUAAGUUAGUAUUUAUAAUAAACGUGUAUUUAUUUUAUACAAAUCAAAGUAGCGUUUCAUACUUUUAU